AUGGCGCCUAACAUUGCUGUCACCUUGGUGUUGUUGAUAGGAUUGUUUGAACGCUGCUCAUCAGCUACCGCAGCGUACAAUGUCGUGACCUUUGGUGCAAGAGGGGAUGGGAACACAGACUCAACCAAAGCAUUCCUUCGGGCAUGGUCAGCGGCAUGCUCCACGUCGGUCAGAGGGGCAGCCACAGUAUACGUUCCUCGAGGCAGUUUCUUAAUAAAACCGGUGGUGUUUAGCGGGCCAUGCAGAAGCAGCAGAGUUACGUUUCAGAUGGAUGCCACCGGGACCAGUCUCGUAGCCCCAUCCAAUUAUUGGGAACUUGGAAACUCAGGAACUUGGAUUUUGUUCAUUAAGGUCACCGGCCUUUCUGUCUACGGUGGAACAGUGGACGCGAGGGGACAUGCGUAUUGGCAAUGCAGGAGAUACGGAAAGAGUUGCACGGCAGGAGCAAGGUCAGUAUCGUUGUUUUGGUGUAAUAAUGUGGUGGUGAGCGGGUUAAGAUCCAUGAACAGCCAGACGAUGCAUAUGGCGAUUGACAAUUGCAACAAUGUUGUGGUUAAAAACGUAAAAAUAAGAGCCCCGAGCUCAAGUCCUAACACGGAUGGCAUCCACAUAGAAGCUUCCACGGGGGUUACCGUCAGUGGCAGCACCAUUAUGACUGGCGAUGACUGCAUUUCAAUCGGCUCCGGCUCCAAGAAUUUGUGGCUUGAACGCAUUGCCUGUGGCCCUGGGCAUGGAAUAAGCAUUGGCAGUCUUGGGGAUAAUGCGAAUGAAGAUGGUGUCCAAAAUGUGACGGUAACAAAUUGUGUGUUUACUAAAACCCAAAACGGGGUACGCAUCAAAACAUGGGCCAGAGCUAGCAAUGGUUAUGCAACAAAUAUUGUUUUCCGCAAUCUUAUCAUGAAAAAUGUCAAUAACCCCAUCAUCAUUGAUCAAAAAUACUGCCCUGGUAAUCAAGGUUGUCCUCGUCAGAGCUCUGGUGUGAAAAUUAGUAGAGUGACAUACACGAACAUAAGGGGAACAUCUGCCUCAAAAGUAGCCAUGAAUUUCUAUUGCAGCUCUAGUAAUCCCUGUUGGGGACUGAAGCUGCAAGACAUAAGGCUUACUUACUUGAACAAGGCAGCCACAUCCUAUUGUGCCAACGCAGGUGGGAGCAGUAGCGGAGUGGUCAUACCAAGAAGUUGUUUCUGA